AUGACACAGCCUGCUCGGCGACCCACGAGCUCCAUAGAGACCGUCGAGAUCGCGUUCCUCGGCGCCACCUCCAUCCCCGACCCGCAGUCGUCGCCGGCAACCCCGCUGCCGGAGAUCCCUUUCCAGCACGCGUCGACGCCGCCCCCGCCUCCUCCGCCGGCGCCGGUGCCGCAGAAGCAGAAGCACGGCAGCGGCAAGCAGCGGUCGCGGCCGGGGCGCCUCAUGCGGUCGGUGCGCGCGGCGUUCCGGUCGUUCCCGGCCAUCCAGGCGCCGUCCUGCCGCGGCAUGCCGUCGCUGCACCACCUCCCGGGCCUGCACGGCGCCGGCGGCGUCCGGAGCCACUUCCACGGCGCGACGCACGCCACGGGGACGCUGUACGGGCACCGCCGGGCGCGCAUCACCAUCGCGCUGCACGAGAGCCCUGGCAGCCCGCCGUGCGUGCUGCUGGACAUCGGCGUGCCCACGGCCAAGUUCAUCCAGGACGUGAGCGCGGCGGGGAUGGUGCGCGUCACGCUCGAGUGCGAAAAGCAGCAGCAUCACGCGGCGGUGGAGGCGGGGUCGUCGGUGCGGCUACUGGACGAGCCGGUCUGGAUGGCCGAGGUGAACGGCGAGAGCGUCGGGUACGCGUCGCGGCGGGAGGCGGCGGAGCGGGACGAGUGCGUGAUGCGGCUGCUCCACUCCACGUCCAUGGGCGCCGGCGUGUUGCCGGCCGAUAUGUCCCACCCGUACGACGGCGAGCUCACCUACAUGCGCGCGCAUUUCGAUCGCCUCGUUGGUUCCAAGGACUCCGAGACGUACUACAUGCACAACCCCGAGGGCGGCGCCACCGGGCCGGAGCUCACAAUCUUCUUCAUUAGGACUUAG